AUGGCGACUAUAGAAGAAUUACCUUUUUCCAUUCCUCAGCCUUUUUCCAAGGAUAAAGUGUUUCCUUCAACAGAUGAUAUGAUGGAAAAGGGUUUGGGAAGAUUUGGUUGGUUAGAAUUUGUGCAGUGCAUUCUUGUUUCAUUUGCAAUGUUCUUUGAUGCACAACAAGCGUUCAUAGCGAUCUACACUGACGAUUACCCGACUUGGCAUUGCACGAAUUCAACCAUGUGUAACUCAGAUUCUAAUAUCUGUAAUAUCCCUAAAUCUUCAUGGUCAUGGGAUGGACCAUCACACAAAACAGUUAUAUCUCAAUGGAAUCUUGAAUGUGCUAGUAGCUUCCUAACAGGUUUACCGCAGUCUUCCUUCUUUAUUGGCUGCCUUUUCGGUUCGUUUCUUCUUGCAACAUUAGCAGAUACUUCACUUGGGAGAAAGAACACACUUGUUAUGUCUUGUUUAUCCAUGUCUAUAGUUUCGAUUCUGGUAGUUUUCUCUCCCAAUAUUUGGAUUUACGCUGCUUUUAAAUUCGUGAUUGGCUUUAUGCGUUCGUCAAUUGGAACUUGUGUUUUAGUUUUGCUCACAGAGAAAGUCAGUACUGAGUGGAGGUUCACUGUUGGUAUUGUCGAAUAUCUCUGCUUUACAUUUGGGUGGCUUCUAAUGCAAGGAAGACGUCAAGAAGCUAUGGCAAUGCUUACAGGAGUUUCUUCAUUAGAGAAUGAUAAUGAUUUGACAGUAGGUUUAAUAGAAACUCCUGAGAAUAAACCAAAGGCUUCGGUUUUCCAACUUUACUCAUCGAUAGCGGAGUUGUUUGGGAGAGGUUGGGCUUUAAAGAGAAUGGUGGCGGUAAUGGUGCUUGGUAUUGGAACUGGAAUGGUAUAUUUUGGUAUGCCAUUAGCAGUUGGGAACUUAGGAUUUGAUAUUUACUUGGCUGUUGUGUUUAGUGGCUUGAUGGAAAUACCAUCUUGUGUGGCUACCUAUUUCUUGGAGAAUCGCCAAAGAAAACCGUCAAUUCUUGUAUUCUCAAUAGCUAGUGGCGUAUGCUGUAUAAUGUGUGUUGUUGUUGGAUCAGAAAUACAAGAAAUUAGAGUCGGAUUAGCCAUGGCAUCGUUUUUCAGUGCUUGCAUAGCUUAUAAUGUACUUCUCAUUUACAUUAUCGAGUUAUUUCCAACAAGUGUGAGGAACACUACAACAUCAUUGGUGAGACAAGCUAUUGUUUUUGGUAACGUUUUCACCCCCUUUUUGAUAUCUGCUGGGAGGAAAAAUGACAUUUACUCUUACGGCGUGUUUGGAGUAGUUGUCAUGUUGUCGUGUUUUACGUUGCUUGUUUUGCCUGAGACAAGAGGAUUAGCUCUUUGUGAUACCAUGGAUCAACAAGAGAAGAAAGAUAAUAUGUCGGUAUGA